AUGGGAGAACUACUCCAUGGAGAAAGAAGCAAAAGCAGAAUCAGACGCGGAAUUCAUACUGUGAAGGAUGGAUUCCUGCUUCUGGACGUUGAUCGGCACUUCUCCAAGCUCAAACUGGCCUCCAAUGGUGAUGAAGAUCAAGCUAGGGUACUUGGAGACUCUUGUUCGUCACUUUCUCUCUCUAGGAAUCGUUCUAUCUCUCUAAAACUCGAAUCCCCUUCUAUUUUGGCUGAAAUCUGCUUAAAAGGGCAUCAGUGGCCAAAGCACGGUCGAGGGCACGGCCGUGCUUUGCCUCAGCCCGCCCGUGCUUUGGCUAGGGUUAAUUACACGGCCAUUGUGUUGGGAGAAACACGGACGUGCUUUAGGGAGGACACGGCCGUGCUUUGGGUGAACACGGCCGUGCUUUCUGCCCGUGUAAUCAGCUCAUGUUUGCCAAACUCGAAUUAG